AUGCUUCUCAACCACUUUGAGAAUAUUCAUCUCUGCUUUGCUGCAGGGGAGGCGCUGUACCUGACGCCGCUCAUUGAGGCAGGGAGGCUGGAUGAGGCCAAGUUCCUUAGCAAGGUUGGUCGCAUCGGAGCAGAUCAUGAGGUGCCCAGCUUCGCUGGAUACAUCACUGUCAAUCCACAGUUCAACAGUAACCUGUUCUUCUGGUUUGUACCCGCGAUGACUAACCCUGAGCACGCUCCGGUGCUGCUGUGGCUACAAGGUGGACCCGGAUCGUCUUCAAUGAUGGGACUCUUCGUCGAGCACGGGCCGUACCGCUUGUCGAAAGACGGCGAGGAGGUCAAGUUCCGCAAGCAGACGUGGGCCCGUCGCUACUCCAUGUUGUACGUGGAUCAGCCAGUCGGGACGGGUUACAGCUUCACCGACUGCCAAAGCGGCUACGCUCGCGACAUGACCGACGUGGGCCGCGACAUGCUCGAGUUUCUCCAGCAGUUCUUCACGCUGUUCGGAGAGCUUGCUCAGAACGAGUUCUACAUCACCGGAGAGUCAUACGCCGGCAAGUGCGCCUAACUUGGACUUUGAUAUGUUGGACAUUGAGAGUUCUUUACGUGCAAUGUGCUGCCAUCCCAUAAUGAUGGGAUACUGCAAGAGCAGAUAAGCAAUGAAUAUUAAGAUAAGGAAACUAACAGGGAAAAUGGUUACAGUUUCGUCCCAAGCUGAUCACAUGAUAUUUGUCUUUGUAAACUGUCUCAGUCUUUCCAUAAUUUAACAGUAAAAUAAUGAAGAAAAUGAUUAACAGACUUAAAACACUCACGAUUGGGCAUGAACGGAUAUACAGGCCCGAGUAGUAUUCGCAGAGCAUCUGACAAAGGAUAGAGAGAGAAAGGCAAAGGAAAGACAGGGAGGUUAACCAGGGAAUAUCUCCGGUUGGCUACCCUGUAUCGUGGGAGAGGCAAAUGGAUGCGAUAGAUGAGAGAAAAAGAGUACGAACAAAAAAAAAAACCACGCACAAUGCAAAACUGUUUCUUUGGGCGCGGUCACACUGUCUGCGAAUGCGUUACGUAGUGUUACACAGUGUCAACGUCCCACUAUUACAUUCUACGUCAUACAGCGCACAGUCAGAACUUGUCGCAACUUGUAAAAACUUGCCACGACUUGCCACGGA